GCGUAUCUGCCUCGAGAUCUCUCUCUACUUAGAAGUCUCGUCUGUUCUCUUACCCCCUACUCAUAAUGUUUGACGAGAAAGCUACGAAGGAUGAUGUUACCAAUCUUCAGCAACAAGAACAACACCACCAAUACGAGGCCGCAACAUACGAUGAACGACGCCACAUGUCAGCUGUAGAAGUUCAGGAUGCCAUCCGCUCUGGCAGCGUACCAAGUGUACGCACAAGGCAGGAAGCUCUGGAUAUAGCUCACGCCGGUGGCUGGGAAGCUGAUGCUCUCAUCGAAUCGCUAGAGAAAGAGCGCCUCGAGAAGGGAGACAGCAAGUCCAUCUUCAGCCUGGAGUUCGCAAACCCGAAGCACUUUACCUGGCUGCUCGUCGCGUUUGCCUCUAUGGGUGGCCUCCUAUCUGGUCUCGACCAAUCACUAAUCUCUGGCGCAAACCUCUUUCUGCCCGGCGAUCUGGGUUUGAGUACCGCGCAGAACAGCCUGGUCAAUUCCGGUAUGCCUUUGGGCGCAGUAGGUGGAGCAUUGAUCUUGUCGCCUUGUAACGAAUGGUUCGGACGUCGCUGGUCCAUCAUUAUUGCCUGUAUACUGUAUACUGUUGGCGCUGCUCUCGAAGCUGGCAGCAUUAACUACGGCAUGAUUGUGGCGGCACGUGUCGUGUUAGGCUUUGGGGUUGGCCUCGAAGGAGGCACCGUUCCCGUUUACGUUGCCGAGACCGUCGAGCGCAGACUGCGCGGUAAUAUGGUAUCCCUCUACCAAUUCAACAUCGCUCUAGGUGAAGUGCUUGGUUAUGCAGUUGCUGCCAUGUUUCUUAGUGUGGAAGGGAACUGGCGCUAUAUUCUUGGAUCCUCACUGGUCUUCAGCACCAUCAUGCUUGUUGGCAUGCUGUUCAUGCCCGAAUCGCCUCGGUUCCUGAUGCACAAAGGCAAGGUUCUCGAUGCCUACUCUGUUUGGCGACGGAUCCGUGGCACUCGGGAUGUGGAGGCCAGAGAAGAGUUCUUCGUCAUGAAGGUCUCCACGGAGGAGGAGCAGGCAGAAGUGGCUGCGGGUGCUGGUAGCAGACGCUUCCCAUGGCUGGACUUCUUCACCAAGCCAAGGGCAAGGCGUGCCAUCAUCUACGCAAACAUCAUGAUCUUUCUCGGUCAGUUUACUGGCAUAAACGCUAUUAGGUACUACAUGAGCACGUUAAUGAACCAGAUUGGGUUCGGGACGUGGCAGGCAAACUAUAUGUCCCUCGUCGGCGGCGGAUCUCUCCUCAUCGGAACUAUCCCUGCUAUCUUCCUCAUGGAGACAUGCGGUCGUCGCUUCUGGGCCAUUGCAAUGCUUCCAGGAUUCUUCAUCGGGCUGGUCCUUGUUGGCGUUUCUUAUCACGUGCCAGGUCUGCAAGGUACCGAAGGCGUCUAUCUUACAGGUCUGAUCAUCUACGAGAUCUUCUUCGGUUCAUACGCUUGCUUGACUUGGGUGAUUCCCGCUGAGGUAUACCCGACAUACCUACGGUCCUACGGAAUGACGUCGAGUGACGGCUGGUUGUUCCUCAGCAGCUUCAUUGUCACGUACAACUUCUCAGGAAUGCAGAGGGCCAUGACGCCAACUGGCCUCUCGUUAGGCUUCUAUGGUGGCAUCGCGGUUGUGGGAUGGUUCUACCAAAUCUUCUUUAUGCCGGAGACGAAAGAUAAGACACUUGAGGAAAUUGACCUUAUAUUCCAAAGACCGACAAUGGAGCUCGUCCGAGAGAAUGCGACCAACGCGUGGCAAACGACCAAGGACUUGUUUGCGUUCAGGUGGAAGAAGGUUUUCAUUGACGGCAACAAGCCUCCCGGUGCUAGCUUUGUGGAUACGAGCGACAUUAAGGUUGCUGCUUGA